AUGUCGUCCUUUAAUAACGAAACCAACAACAACAGCAACACUAAUGCGCAUCCGAACGAAGCCUUCCCGCUGUACACCGUGUUCAAGGACGAUUCCGUACCCAUCGAGGAAAAACUAUCGCUCCUCACGCGGUUCAAAGGCCACGUAAAGAAGGAACUCGUUAAUGAGUCGUCAAUCCAGGCCUAUUUCACUGCGUUACUGUUCGUUUCCAGGCACUACACCUACCGCUCAUACCCGCGCUUAAUAACCCUAUCGCACUCAUCCCUUUGCUACCUCAUCAAACGUGUAGCCAUGCAGUCUCCUGAACAGUUCAAUGACAUGCUUGUUGAAGAAUUACUAAACCAUCUAAUUUUCGAACUGCCCAACGAGAAAAAGUUUUGGCUGCCUUCUAUCAAGGCCAUCGAAGCCAUCUAUCUGGUGAACCCAUUGAAGAUCCAAGCUAUUCUCGCGAGUUUCUUACAAAGACCAAAUGAAAAUCAAAGCGAAGACGAUUUGAACAGGAUAAAGUCCACUCUACUGACCAUCGAUGAACUGAUCCAGAUUAACGAGAAAAACAACUCAAACCAUUUGCAAUUACUACGAUUCUUCAUGCUUUCGUUCACCAAUCUUUUGAACAAUAAUCUAAAUGAACACGCAAAUGACGACAACAACAACAUAGUCAUUGAACUUAUUUUUGAUAUAAUGUACAAAUACUUGAAGAAUGAUGAGGGAAACUCACAAGAUUUGAUGAGUGGAUUCCUUAAUGAUUUAGAAUUGGGGAAGUUCAAACAAAAAUUCUUGAGUUUAACAAAAUCGCAAGACCAGGAUCAGUCACAGGAAGACAAGUCCGCGUUGUUUGACGAGGAUUAUGAAUUCCAACUGUUACUAAAUGAGGCGAAAUUGCCGCAGUUGUCAAACAAUCUAAGCAACAAAGAUCCAUCCGCGAAGAAAAAUUAUGACUCUUUGAAUCUAUUACAACAGGACUUGGAAGGUUUGCUGGUCCCGUUUCAAAACAUAAAGGAAACUGAACAAAACUGGAAAUCAAGACAGUCAAAUGUAGUCGAACUAGACAAGAUCAUAUCUGGAAAUGUUCCUAAGGACAAUCCAGAAGAAUUCGUCACCAUAAUGAAAGAAGUGCAACUAAUAGAACUGAUUUCAAGAGCAACUUCAUCACUGAGAACAACAUUGUCGUUAGCCGCGUUGCUUUUCCUUAAGAGGCUAAUACAUAUCUUGAAUGAUCAUUUGCCUCUAUCAAUAUUAGACCAGAUUUUCACCAUCUUCAAAAAUUUAUUGUCCUCCACCAAAAAAAUUUCCUCACAAACUGCAUUUCAUUGUUUGAUCACCUUGAUCAUCGAUAUAAACCAUUUUCAUAAUAAACUAUUCCAAUUAUCCUUCUUACUGAUAAACGAAAAAACUGUUACACCAAGAUUCUGCUCUGCCAUACUGUUGCGAAGUUUCUUGGUCAAGUUCAAUGACACUAAUCUCUCAUCUGGUAACUCUAAUACGACUUCGCCAACUUCCAAGUUGGAAAAUAAUCUGAUAUACAUUGAAGAAUGGUUGAAAAAGGGAAUUUCAGAUUCACAAACUACCGUAAGAGAGGCGAUGAGAUUGACCUUUUGGUAUUUCUAUAAAUGUUAUCCCGCCAACGCUAAAAAACUACUCAACUCUUCAUUUACCCCACAGUUGAAAAAAGCAACAGAACUAACAAUCCCUGCUCAUCUAAACAUAAACUAUCAGCUUUCAAGAGUGCCAUCCACAGCGUCCGCUACAGCGUCCGCCACGAUGUCUCGUUUAUAUUCCCAGUCUUCUAAUAGCUCUUCAAGAAGAGUCAGCUUAUUAGAACAAAAGAGACACUUCCCAAGUUAUGCUCAACCAACACAAUCUUCCUCCACCUCUCUACUCAACCUUCCUGCGGUUGCUGCUGGCGGUGGUGUUAUUGCUAAUAAGCUCUCGAAUAAAUUUAAAACCAAUCUGAGAUCAACAAGUGAGUAUUCGAGUAAGGAAAAUGAAAAACGAUCACGUCAUCAUGAUACAUCGAACCCCACUACAAACACCAACACCAAUAACGGUAAUAAUCCGGUCAAAAGAAAAGUUAGCGCCCCUCCUUCUUCAAUUGCUAGUUCAAAAGCAAAUGAAAAUUAUGGUGUUUUGGAGGAUUUUUCCUCAAACCAAAUCGAUUUAACUGAUGAACUAUCAAAUAGUUACUCCAACACUUUAAUGAAGAAAUAUAUGGAUAAAAACGACAUUUCAAUAUCAUCUUCACCGAAACCUUCGAAAAUAAGUAACAAAACCGGUGAAUACGAAGACUUUUACAAGAGAUUCAAUGAUGCUUCUUCUUCAACCCAGUUUAAAGACAUGUUGCAAUUUUUACAAAAAGAAUUAUUACUGGCUCCACAACAUUCAUCGUCACCACCGUCGACUAAAAAACUGGAAAUAUCCAAAAUUAUGGAAAAACUACACCAAAUUAUGAUUAAGUCACCACACGAUUUCAAACCGUUUUUAAACAUACCGAACUUUAUAAAGCAAGUUCCUUUAAAUUAUCUUCUCGAACUAUACUCUAUUAACAAUUUUGAUUGUGCGGAGAUACUAAAAAAUGAAACCGAUUCUGAAAGCCCUUCUCAGACAGCUAAUUUGAUUAUUUCUAUCGUGGAAUUAUUCAAUUUUAUAAAUUCCAAUAAUUGUACUCCCGAUUCAAAAUUGUAUUAUAUGAAAUAUAAAACCACAUUCUUCAAUUAUAACUUUACUUUAUUACUUGAGCUUUUCCGCGGUUUGAACAACACAAAUGAUGGAACUUUGAGGUUAUGCAUAAAGGAUUUAAUACCUAAAACUUUAACUAGUCUUUUCAAAAUUUAUGGUAAAGAAUUUGACUAUACACUUUAUUCCAAUUUAACUUUUGAGAUCUACAAAUUUGAUAAAGAGGGCUUUAGUACUUUGUUAACUGAUUUCGAGAUUGUAUCUACCAAGAUGAAAAUUUGCCGUGAACUAGAAAAGAAAGACCCAGACUUCAAAAUAGAAAAAAUUAUUUCGAGAGAAAGUUCUGUGAAUUUCACACCAAUUGAUGAAAACAAAUUAGAGAAAGACGACGAUUUGGAUGAGGAAGCCGACGAAAAUGAUGUAAAAAAGUAUAUGGAAAUGACAAUGAUCAACCCAUUCAAAAAUUUAGGAAGCGACAAGACCUUGGAGCUGAAGAAUAAUAUGGACCAAAAAAGAUCAUCAAGCACAAAUAGUGUUGUUAUUCAUGACGACAUUGAAAAGGACAAAAAGCUGUCAGAAAUGACUAAAAUUGUCAGUGUUUAUCAAUUAGAUCAACCAAACUCAGUAAAAGAAGAAGAUGAUCAAGAUAUGGAAACUUCGUUAAAGUCAGAUUUGAAUUUAAGUGAAAUUUUCCAAAACGGCAAUGAUGCGGAGAAAAGAUUAAAAGAGGAUAAUGAGCCAACGGUUAAAUUUAGUACGGAACCUCCAAAAAUUAUAAAUGAGCCUGGAAAGCCUGCUGUGAAAAAGCACAUUGAAACUGAAAAUGAAAAUGGAAGUGAAAAUGAAAAACUUAACUUGGAAACUAUGUCACCAAUAAAAAUAGAUAGGGAUGAAAAUAUGGAUCGAAAACAAAAAAAUUCCUUGAAAAGAGAAAGGGACCCGGUUUUAACUGAACAAGAUAUCAACUCCAAGAAAAUAAAAUUGGAAACGGGGAAGAGAUCAGAGAAAGUACAUUUUCCUAUCAUGAAUGACUUUCCAAAGGAUUCAUUAACUCUAUAUGAAAUUAGUCAUCUACUAAUGGUCGACUCAAUAGGCAACUCUUCGAUGGACUUUGAUGUUUAUUUUAAUCAUAUGUUAAAGGCUAUCAACAGAAUUAAAAGCGGAUCAUUCACCAUGAAGCAUGUAAAUUACCUAAUCGAACCUUUAAUAAUCUGUUUCCAAAAUACGAAGAUGAUAAAUUGGUUGUUAAGUGAAAACGGCUUUGAUGAACUAUUAGCUGUGGCUGUCAUGCUUCUGAAAGCUACAGAUGACAAGCCCUCGAUACCAUCGAAAAUAUCCAGUAAAUCCAUUAUUCUCGUCCAUAAUCUCUUAGUCUGGAAAAAGUUUUUGAAUAAAGAAUGUGGGAACCCCGACGAUGAUGGAGUUUCACUAAGAAUAUCAUUUGAAGAAGUAUGGGAUCAAAUUCUUUUAAUGCUCAACAAACUAUCAGACUACGGGAAUGAAAUCUACAAGCUGGCACAAGAGUUUAGAGACAACCUAAUGCAGUCACAUUACUUUAAAAAACAUUCUGCAACAAGAAUCCUAAGUAUGCUGGUUACAGAGAUACAGCCCGAGACUGCCGGUGUGAAAGAAACGUUUCUAAUCGAGACGCUAUCCAAGAUGUUGUUAUCUCCCACUAUUCGCACGCAAUUAAAGAAAUCUAAUAUAUCUGAGAUUAUUCAGACGAUGAGCUAUUUCAUCACUGGGAGCGAUAACACCUCGUGGAACUUCACCAGUGCCAUGGUCUUAGCACACUCUUUGAGACAUUUACAAUCCGUGCUGGAUUGCAAUGAACAAGAAACCGAACAGUUAUUUGAUUGUCUGCCGAAGGAUGUCUUUAGAAUGAUUAUGUUCAUCGCCUCAAACGAAUAA